AUGAAAAUGCUUUGGAAACUGACGGAUAAUAUCAAGUAUGAGGAAUGCGAGGAGCGCCACGACAGUACCAGCAACGGGACAGCCCGGCUACCCCAGUUGGGGACCGUGGGUCAGUCUCCCUACACCAGCGCCCCGCCGCUCUCCCACACCCCCAACGCCGACUUCCAGCCCCCCUACUUCCCCCCCCCUUACCAGCCCAUCUACCCCCAGUCUCAGGACCCCUACUCCCACGUGAACGACCCCUACAGCCUCAACCCCCUCCAUGCCCAGCCGCAGCCCCAGCACCCAGGAUGGCCGGGACAGAGGCAGAGCCAGGAGACGGGGCUGCUCCACACGCACCGGGGUUUGCCCCACCAGCUCUCGGGCCUCGACCCACGCAGGGACUACCGGCGGCACGACGACCUGCUGCACGCCCCGCACGGGCUGGGCUCGGGGCUGGCCGACCUGCCCCUCCACUCCAUCCCCCACGCCAUCGAGGACGUGCCGCACGUAGAAGACCCCGGUAUUAACAUCCCAGAUCAAACUGUAAUUAAGAAAGGCCCCGUGUCCCUCUCCAAGUCUAACAACAACGCCGUCUCCUCCAUCCCCAUCAACAAGGACGCGCUCUUCGGCGGGGUGGUCAACCCCAACGAGGUCUUCUGCUCGGUGCCGGGCCGCCUCUCGCUGCUCAGCUCCACCUCCAAGUACAAGGUCACGGUGGCGGAAGUGCAGAGACGCCUCUCGCCGCCCGAGUGCCUCAACGCCUCCCUGCUGGGCGGAGUGCUCCGGAGGGCGAAGUCUAAAAACGGAGGCAGAUCUCUGAGGGAGAAACUGGACAAAAUAGGAUUAAACCUGCCAGCCGGGAGGCGUAAAGCUGCUAACGUUACCUUGCUCACGUCGCUGGUGGAGGGAGAAGCAGUACAUCUAGCUAGAGAUUUUGGGUACGUUUGUGAGACAGAAUUUCCUGCCAAAGCAGUAGCUGAAUUUCUCAACCGACAACAUUCCGAUCCAAACGAGCAAGUCACAAGAAAAAACAUGCUUCUAGCUACAAAACAGAUCUGUAAAGAGUUCACCGACCUGCUGGCUCAGGACCGAUCUCCCCUGGGGAACUCGCGGCCCAACCCCAUUUUGGAGCCGGGCAUCCAGAGCUGCCUGACCCACUUCAACCUCAUCUCGCACGGCUUCGGGAGCCCGGCGGUGUGCGCUGCCGUCACCGCCCUGCAGAACUAUCUCACCGAGGCGCUCAAGGCCAUGGACAAAAUGUACCUCAGCAACAAUCCCAACAGCCACACAGACAACAGCACCAAAAGCGGCGACAAAGAGGAGAAGCACCGAAAGUGA